UCGUUACAGAAGGAGCUGAAUGUGACUGCUUGUUUAUUUGGUUGGUUGUUGUUCAGCAGCUAGCUGCGGUCUUUUUCUGUGACUUUUGUAGACCUGACUGAGCUGUAACCAGGAAAAGGUGCGCUGCUGUUGCUACCAUGGACAUCCAGGAUGAGAGAAGAAGGCUGCUGGAUGCUGAGGGGAAUGAAGACCAGCAAUCUUACCUGUCCAAAGUGAAGAAUAAGAAGCUGUAUCUGGCUACGUUUGUGUCUGUGCUGGGCCCAAUGAGCUUUGGCUUUGUGUUGGGCUACAGUUCUCCCGCCAUCCCAGAACUGUGCAGGAUCGCAGACCCCAGGCUGAGACUUGACAAAGACCAGGCGUCAUGGUUUGGGUCCAUUGUGACACUGGGGGCGGCGGCAGGUGGCCUUCUGGGCGGCUGGAUGGUUGACAAGAUUGGCAGGAAGCUCAGCCUGAUGUUGUGCUCGCUACCCUUUGUUUUCGGCUACACCGUCGUCAUCGCCGCACAGAACGUGUGGAUGCUGUAUGUCGGCCGGGUGCUCACUGGUGUCGCCAGCGGAGUCACCUCACUGGUUGUCCCGUUGUAUAUUUCUGAGAUGGCUCAUGAACGGGUCCGUGGGACACUGGGUUCCUGCGUCCAGCUCAUGGUCGUGCUCGGCAUCAUGGGAGUGUAUCUUGCAGGGAUCUUCAUGGAUUGGCGGUGGCUGGCAAUUUGCAGCUCUAUCCCACCAACACUGCUAAUUUUGGGUAUGAGCUUCAUGCCAGAGACUCCCCGGUUCCUGCUGGCAAAGGGCAAGAGGUACGAAGCAGAGAAGGCGCUGCGCACCCUUCGAGGCCCUGAUGCCCCUGUUGAAUGGGAGUGCGCUCGUAUCAGGGAAUCCAGCAACCAGCAGACAUCUAGUUUUAAGAUGGUUGACCUGAAGGAUCGUGGAGUCUACAAGCCCCUGAUGAUUGGUGUCAUGCUGAUGGUGUUUCAGCAGCUGAGUGGGAUCAAUGCCAUCAUGUUCUAUGCCAAAACCAUAUUUGAACAGGCACAUUUUAAGGAAAGUGACCUAGCCUCUGUGAUCGUGGGUCUGAUCCAGGUCAUCUUUACAGGAAUAGCAGCAGUGAUUAUGGACAAGGCUGGGAGGAAAAUCCUUCUAAUCGUCUCAGGUGUUGCCAUGACAGUCAGUACCACAGCAUUUGGGGUUUACUUUUACCUCAUAUCCAAAACUCACAAUGUCACAUUGAGCCACAUGGUACAGAACGUCCAGCUCCAUGAGAGUCAGGCAGCCCACACUGAUCUGAGCUGGCUGGCCCUGACCAGCAUGGCGGUCUUCAUCGCAGGGUUUGCUUUGGGUUGGGGUCCAAUCCCAUGGCUGAUCAUGUCUGAGAUAUUCCCCUUAAAAGCGAGGGGCUUUGCCAGCGCCUGUGUUGUCCUUACUAAUUGGGGCAUGGCAUUUGUCAUCACAAAAACCUUCCAAAGCAUGAUGGACCUCCUAACCACAGCUGGGACCUUCUGGAUGUUUGGUACCAUGUGCACCCUCAGCGUCAUCUUCACCAUGGCCUUCAUUCCAGAGACAAAGGGCAAGACACUUGAGCAAAUCGAAGCCAAUUUCAGGGGAACACCAGCCUCCUGAAGCACUGGCCUGCCAAAA